AUGGCGUUAGCAAGUGUCUGUGGCUUUCAACUGGGGAAUGAGAAUUUUGGAUUAAAUUCUCAAGGUCUGAUGGGCGCUCCGUCGUUGCAGGAUGCUCUAUACAUGUCAGAGCAUUUCACAGUACCGUUUGGGGCAGAAGCUCAAAAUACUAUACAAAGGGCUCUAACUGAUGAUGGAAGCCGGGUGAAGAUACAGUUUGAUCACGGCACUACAACUCUGGCUUUCAAAUACCAGAAUGGAGUCAUCGUGGCUGUAGACUCCAGAGCCACAGCUGGACCAUCGAUCGAGUCACAGACGGUUAAGAAGGUCAUUGAGAUCAACCCGUACCUUCUGGGUACCAUGGCUGGAGGUGCUGCCGACUGUAUGUUCUGGGAGAGAGCUCUAGCCAGACAGUGCAGGAUCUAUGAACUGCGUAACAAAGAGAGGAUAUCUGUGGCAGCUGCUUCAAAGCUGCUGGCAAACAUUGUCUAUGACUACAAGGGCAUGGGCUUGUCCAUGGGUACCAUGAUUGUUGGAUGGGACAAGAAGGGUCCAGGUUUGUACUAUGUAGACAGCGAUGGAGAACGACUCUCCGGGGACCUGUUCUCUGUGGGAUCUGGCUCAGUGUAUGCCUACGGUGUGCUAGAUAGUGGGCACAGUUGGAACUUGAGCGAUGAAGAGGCCUAUACUUUAGGACGUCGGGCCAUCUUCCAUGCCACUCACAGGGAUGCCUACUCUGGUGGUGUCGUCAACCUGUACCACAUGAAGCAGACGGGAUGGGAGAAGAUUUCCCAGACAGACGUCACCGAUAUUUAUUAUGAGUUCAAGGCAGAGAAAGACAGGGCCCAGAAGAAGUGA